GGCCCAACUGUAGUCACGUGCGUCGGACGGUCCUCUCUGUCUCUCUCUCUCUCUCUCUCUCUCUCUUUAUGGAAAGGGGCUUCAUUUCGUAACGUCAUUUUGAAAACAAAGGGCUCUCUCUCUCCCCUGCCCCCCCUCUCUCUCUCUCUAGCCGGAAAGCGAAAAAAUCCCGCUUGCGACCCUUGAAAUUCAAGCUCUUACGGUGCUGUCUGUGUCUUAUCAGGAGAAAUAAUGGCGGAGUUUCCUCCGAACAUGGAAGACGGAGAGCUCUGGCUUCCCUCUGAUAUUUUCUUCCCCGAAGAAGUUCCCUCUAAUUUCACCCCACACCUCUCCUCAACUCAGCUUGCUUACAUGGACCACCUCGCUCAGCGCUUCGCCCGCUCCUGCGUUCUCCUCCAAACCCCCACUAAACCUCCCCACACUUUCCAUCCUAACUUCGAGAGGUUUAGGCUUCCGGUUCGGUUUAAUCAGGGCCUUCCACAACCGGAACAAGACUUUAGCGUUAAUGGGGGUCUCCAGUCUGGACCUGAAGCCUACUGCGGGAGUUGCAGGCCGCUUUACCCGUGCCGUUCUCGGAAACCGGCCAACCCCCAGGUUGAGGGUUUUGUGGGAACGAGGGCCAGGGUUUUGGAGAGGCAGCAAAACCAGGUCCAAACCCGGUUCGGGCCGUUUCAAGGGAGCGAAGUUGGGAUGGGUGGUUUUGCAAGGGAGUCUACAGGGACAGGCGUGUUUCUUCCCCGCGUUGUCAACACCAUCCCUUCCGCUGCAGCUGUAGCUAGAAAAAGACAAGGUGUGAGGAGCAAGCAGGAGAGCAUAGUAUCUCAACAAAGAAGCGGCUUUGUGGGGGUUGGGUUGGGGAAGCAGCAGGAGGAAUGCCAUUGCCAGCAGCUUCCUGCUGAGAUUGGUUUGCCCCAGGAUUGGACCUACUGAGCUUUACUGCGCUACUGUAAUGGGAUCAUCCUCUGGCUUUAUUUUGAACUUGAAGUUGAUGAUGAUGCUGAUGACGACUUAAUUAAUAAGAUCUCCAGAGAAAAGAACAAAAAAGUCGAAGGGUCAUUUGGGUUUUGUGCAGGAGAUAAAACUGAAGAAAGUAGAAUUUUAUAGGCAUUGUGAGUUUUCAUGCGUCGUGUUUGCUAGAUUCUGUAGAAAUAAUGGGAGUUUUGAAAGCUUUGUUUUAGGAACUUGGACUGGUUCUUUAGCUUGUACGUAUUAUAUUAUGGUCGUUCAUAGAAUAAUAUAAACUUUUUAGAAGCC